AUGACAGGGGUGACGAUUGAAGCCUGGCGCGGGAAGCAGGGUCCCGCGCAGUGUCUCCGUUGCCAAUCGUUAAGGCACUCUUCGGUUAACUGUCAUCGACGUAUGGCGUGCGUUCGUUGCGCGGGAGAGCAUCGCGCGGCGGACUGCACCAGACCGAGGGACAUGCCGGCGACCUGCGCCAACUGCGGGGGGCCUCACCCCGCCUGCCACUCGUCUUGCCCGGUGCGCAAGGAGGAGGAGCAAAACCAGCGCGCGGGCACAUUUUCCCGAACCGGCCCUUCUCGCCCCUUGCGCCAGCGCCGCAACGAUCAUCCACAAGACAAUGUUUCACACCCGGCCAUGGGCGCAACACCUGCGGUCGCCCCUUCGACGUCCGGCGUCGCUCCUACUGGCGACGUGGACGAUUUCGUCACUGUGCGGCGCCGCACGAGACGCGGUGGCCGCAGACGUGGUCGUGCCCCACCUUCGCUUGCCGCGCAGGAGGCAAGCCGCGCUGCCGCACUCCAUGCAGUAACCACAGACGUCGCCUACCGCGCCGCCGCCGCAGCCACUACACUACCACCUCCGCGCUCGCGCACCAGGUCCCGCGCGCUCCGGCCACAAAUGGAGGAGGCGCUGGCUGCGAUCGCCAAUAUCCUCCAGGCUGUACAAGCCGGGGAUAACCUAGCCCCGCUCUUUAUGAGAGCUGCAUCGGCCCUCAAGGGUCCAACCCGAGGACGCAGUCGCCGACAAUGGGGGGUCUCCGUCUCCUUCAUUGGAAUGCGCGUGGCCUCGCGGGUAAGGCCACAUACCUGA